AUGAACCUGGAUGCCUUGUUCCAGCAAAUACAGCUCACAGAGAAGCAGGCGAGGGAGAAGAGACAACUCAUCCAACAAGCUAAACACGAUAUAAAUAGAAGCUAUGAAAAAAUUAACCAAAUAAAAGAAGAGCUGAGCACUGCAAAAAUGAAACUGGAAACUAAGGUUCAGCAUCUGUCUGAAAAAGAGUUCUGCUUAGAAAUUCUGAAGAAACGUGAAGAGAGCUUAGAAAAGCAGAAAGCUGAACUUAUUAAUCAAAAGAGUGGUCUUCUUAAAAUCUUUACAGAUGCAAAGAGAAAAAUGACUGAAGACGAAGAUAAUUUUACUAGAGAAGUAACAGAGUUUAACAAUGAGUAUGGACUAACAAGUAAUAGAGAUCUUAUGAUUAAAAAGAAAGUCAAGACUGAAAUAAAUGAUUUGGAGAAUGAGGCAGCUCUGUUGAAAAAUGAAAUGGAGUCAAUGGAACAUAAAAAUGUUCAAUUAAAUGCACUCCAACUGCAGAAGAAUGAGUUAAAGCAGGACUUACUUAAUCUCCGAAAUGAACUUAAAGACCUUGAGAAAGAAAUCAGGGACGCUGAAAGAAUGACAAAAGACUUAGAAGCAGAAAAAAUCCAAGUCACUGAAAAACCUCAGACUGAUCCUGAGUGUUUAAGGCUUAAGAAAGAGUUGCAAAAUUACAAAGAUGAUGAUUGGGAAAGUAUCUGUGAGACUCUUCGAACAGAAAUUGAAAUUCUGCAAAUGAAUCUAUCACAAAAAAAGUCUUCAGACAAGUGA